UGUGUCUUCUCUUCAUUUCAUCAUAUUCUCGCAUACUUCUUGUCUUUCUCUUUGACUUAGCAAGCGCCUGGAUUGGCGCUGCUUUGUUCAUCUUUGACAUCAUCAUCAUCGGCUUGUUUGGCAGUCAUAAUGGCCAGCAUUCGAUCAGCAAGGCUGAACCUGUCAAACACACGAUCGAUUGCGGAACAAACAAAGAUGUGGAGAAAUGCCAAUCUUGUUACUAGGCGAUCGCUUCGCAAUGAUCAGCAAGCAUACCGCUAUACCACUAUCCAUAGAUUCUUCUCAUCCUAUGCUCGCGAAAGUUUGAGGCCAAGAGGAUCAAUACGGCUUGCAUAUCAAGGAAGCAUUCAGACAAGGUCUUUCUUCUGGGGCUCUUCACGUUCUCGACAUAGUGAUCCUGAAGAGGAUGCUGCUUUGGCUGAAAUACGUUCUGCUCAAUCUCGAAAGGAUGACCAUUGGAAUAUGAGAUCAGAUCAACCCUACCACAACUACCCACGGUCGUUACGUGAACUGGCAUUGAGGGCGCGAGAGAGGGGGACAAGAGAAGCAGAGAAAGAAUUCAGAGAAGCUUUAGCAGAAACAGAAAGAAGAGUCCAACUUGAAGCAAACUCAUCAAGCGAUAAAAAUGGUGGAUCAUCAUCAAGCGGCACCAAAGAUGAUAAAGAAGGAUCCAGCGAAAAUGGUGGAGAAAGUGAGAAAGAUAAAAAAUCAUCUUCUCGCUGGACCAGACCUCGACCGCCUUCCAAAGAAGAGCUCCUGCACCUUGCUCAAGGCUUCUGGACGAGACUACGUAUUCGAUUCAAAUGGUUCACAAUUCGUGGAUUCAGACGUUUCAAUGCAGACGACAUAUCUGCAUUUUUCACCUUAGGUGGUUUAGGUACAGUCGUGUUUAUCAUUGUUGGUACCACGACCGCAGUCUCGUUGGUGUUCUCAGCAUUGAAUGCUCUCAAUAUGCAAGAAUGGAUCGCAAGAAAAAUUGCUGAUUACCUUACCGCCGAAACAGGUGUGACUGUCAUCUUUGAAAGUGCAAUCGUGCCGAAAUGGAAAGAAUCUCGAAUUUGCUUCCAAAAUGUAUUCAUCUCACGUAGAGCAUACAACAAUGAUGCAGAAACGCUGCGGGAAGAAAGAGGUGUAGCCGAUGGCUUACAACCUAAAUCGGGAAAACGCAGAGGGAUGGCAACAACAGCAGGACAUGGAAUGGCAUGGGAAGGAACGCACUUUACCGAAUAUGACGACGAAGAAGUUGCGCCACCAAUGAGCGAUGAAGCAACAGGAAAUGCGCCAUAUCAAGUUGAUGGACGUCAUACGAAUUUUUCCAUGUUUGAUAUGAACGUAGACAGUAUUGAAGUCAAAUUGAGCUUCAAGAGAUGGUGGGACGGCAAAGGAUUGGUAGAGGACGCGGUGGUGGAGGGCGUGAGAGGUAUCAUUGAUCGUAGAAAUGUCUUUUGGGAUCCUGAUAAGCCGUAUGAUCCGAGAGCAGCCCGUCGUUUCGCCAAGCAUGGUGAUUUUGAGCUUGACUCCUUAACUAUAAAGGACUUCUUGGUGACUGUCUACCAGCCUAGCGGAUUUAGGCCUUUCAAUUUAAGUAUCUUUGAGGCCCAAAUGCCUCGAUUACGCAAGCAAUGGCUCUUCUACGAUCUUUUGGGCGCUGAUCGUAUCACAGGACAAGUGGAUGGCUGUCUAUUUAGUCUACACAAGCCUCAGAGUAUCGGACGUACAAAUGGACGAGAAAGAGAACUCUUGACGGGUAGAUGGAAGAGCCUUUCAAGAUUGCGUAUCGACGGUAUCAACUUUGAUCAUAUUCAAAAUCAAUCUGACGUUCACGGUCCGGUCUCUUGGAUUCUGUCGGGCAAAUUUGAUGUCGUUGCUGAUAUCAAGCUGCCAACAGAAGCAUCAUCCGACAUUGACAUCAAUGUGAUCAUUAGUGAAAUGUUGGACCACUUCACUCAAGCAGUUGGUGCAAAUGAUCAACGGUCAGAUGGACCCAUUCCAGGACAACAUCGUCUAAGUGGUCCUGCGAUUGAAGCCCCGGUCACAACAGUAGGACCUGCAUCAGAGAGUGCUUGGAAGCAAAAACAAAAAGAAGAAGAGUUGGAAGCUAUCAAGAAUAAGACUCACCAAACAGGAUGGCGAGAUGAGAUGGAAAUGGCGGCUAGGGAAGUUAGCAAACUCCGUCGUGGAAAUCGGGGAGAAGAAGGAACGGAGAAGGAAUCAUCACGACAGACAGACACCAUCGAUGAAAGUAAGAAUGCUGAAGGAGAUGCGAAAGAAGUGGUUGAAGCAGGAACUGUGAACGUAUCCGAACAAUCAUCUUUAGACGCAUCUCAACCGGCUAUGGUGCCCAACGCUGCAAGCGUGAUUAUUGAUUUGGAUGUACGAUUCAAAGACAUCAAAGCGGCAGUGCCAUUGUACGGAAGUGAUUUAACAUAUCGAACGCAAACAUUUGUUCGGCCAAUCGUUGCAUUUAUGAAUGCAAACCAUACCCUAAUUCCUGUUCAUUGUAGGGUGGUGAUGGAUUUAACGGAGUUUGACGGAGCGAUGGAUUUAGCACAAACUGGAUUAUUGCCAAUCAUUUCAGAAAAGAUUUAUGAAGCUUUGGCAAAUCACGUUCAAUCACAAGGAGCAAAUAAUCGUAGAAUCCGUAGCGUUUCACAAUGGUGGUUACGUUUGGCUUCCGAUCAAGUUUUGCAAUAUGCACGUUUGAUACGUGAUACAAUGGUACGCAAUAGAAAUCCUAUGGAAAAUAUAGAUCCAGGACAUUUGAGCCUGGCUCGACAAAAUGACAAUUAGCUGAAUGAUGUACUAUAUACAGUCUCACAUUUGCAAUUAUACCAACAGCUUAUCACCAUCUUUCGAGAAGCACACAGGCGGA